UGAAAUUCUUUGUGUGUUCAAAAGAUGGAAUUCAAUACUAAAAAGAGUAAAAAGAACAGAACCUUGGGAAACUUUGAUCCAGAUCCUAGAAGCGAUAGUCCCAGCGACACUUUCCUGGAAUCUCCGUUGAGAAGCAUUGCAAACAAAGGAGAGCCACAGGAGCUACCUUUGUUUGAUUUUGAUAGCAUGGUAGUUGCUACCAACAACUUCAGCAUGGCUAAUAAACUUGGGCAAGGAGGAUAUGGGCCAGUUUAUAAGGGAAAGCUACAUGAUGGAACAGAUGUAGCAGUCAAGAGACUCUCUAGUAGCUCAGGACAAGGCCUAGAAGAGUUCAAGAACGAAGUCAGGUUGAUUUCCAAACUACAACACAGAAAUCUUGUCAGGCUAAUUGGUUGCUGUGUUGAAAGAGAAGAAAGAAUACUAAUUUAUGAAUUUCUGGCCAACAAAAGCUUGGAUAAUUUUUUGUUUGAUCCAAGUCCAACAAAAAGAGCAGAACUAUCUUGGGCAGAACGUUUCGACAUCAUCCAAGGGAUUGCUCGUGGGCUUCUUUAUCUCCAUCGUGAUUCUUGUUUAAGGGUUAUACACCGUGAUUUGAAGGUCAGCAACAUUCUCUUAGAUGAAAAAAUGAACCCAAAAAUUUCAGAUUUUGGAUUGGCAAGGAUCUUUGAAGGGACACAAUACCUGGCAAAUACUCACAAGGUGGUUGGAACACUUGGCUAUAUGUCUCCUGAGUAUGGAUUAGCUGGAAUAUUUUCUGAGAAAUCAGAUGUCUUUAGCUUUGGAGUUCUGCUAUUAGAGAUUGUUAGUGGCAAGAAAGUUACUAGGUUCCUCUACAACGAUGAACAUCUAAGCCUUCUUUCCCAUGCAUGGCAACUAUGGAAUAAAGGCAAGGGGCUACACUUAAUUGAUGAAGCACUGGCUGAUUCAUUUUCCUCGACUGAAGUAAAGAGGUGCAUACAGAUUGCUCUUCUUUGUGUUCAGGACCAUGCUGAAAAUAGGCCAACCAUGGCAGCAGUGAUUUCCAUGCUAAGCAGUGAAACGGAGCUUUUGCAACCAAAAGAACCUACUUUUACAUUCCAUAACCCAUCAAAAUUUGAUCAACCUAGUGACAACAAUCCAAGCUCCGUAUGUGAGAAUACUAUGUCACUUGCUGAAGGCCGAUAACUUCUGAUUAGUGAAACCCCACUUUUUUACUAUUACUAGCUUGUUCCACCCCGCUUUGCGAGGUGUGGAUGCAUACUUCAAGCUUGUGGGUUUUGAUAUAAUGUGUCUACUUGUCACCCUUUACACGUGAAUGAAUCCAGAACAUAGUG